UAACUAUUUGUACAGUGAACACAAAUGUGCUGUUAGGAUAUGACCACAACGUCAGACCUACAUGUAAAGGACCACACAUCCCUGUUGAUAUCAACAUGGAUCUCGGACUCCGACAACUCAUAGAUCUGGAAGAACCUGUCCAGCUGCUAAAAAUUAGUCUUUGGGUUCGACUGCAAUGGAAAGACUGUCGCCUGGUUUGGAAUGCCACCGAAAAUUAUGGUCUGUCGGCGAUGGUGUUACCGGAGAACGAAGUUUGGACCCCCGAUAUUGAGGUUUAUGACAGUGUUUCAGAUGACAUCCGGCGAGAACGAGACUUCCGUGUUUACGUCAAUUCCACAGGAAGUGUAACCUUUAACUUCCAGGCUGUUAUCACGAGUCGAUGUACUGUGGAUGUUACGUCAUUUCCGUUUGAUGUACAGAUGUGCCCUCUAUCUUUUGGUUCUUGGGUGUAUAGCGGUUUAGAUAUGGAUAUACACCCGAAGAGAUCAACAGGUGAUUUGUCCACCCUUGUUCCUAAUGUGGAAUGGAUUGUUGAAAACUUUAAUGUUGUAAGGGAAGAGAAAUACUUCGACUGUUGUAAGGAUCCUUUCCCGUUUCUCAACUACAGUAUACGGAUGAAGAGAAAGCCCAACUUUUAUGUAAUUAAUCUCAUUCUGCCAUCUAUGUUUGUGAUAGCUCUAACCAUAGGGGUGUUUAUUGUUCCGGUGGAAUCCGGGGAAAAGCUGUCCUUCGCCGUUAGCCUGAUGCUUGCAUUAGCUGUGUUUCAGCUAAUGUUGGCGAACACUUUGCCACCAUCAGCAGAGACAGUCCCUCUCAUAGCGGAAUACUUUGCUAUUACGGAAGGACUGGUAGCUUUCGUGUGUAUUUCAUCCAUUAUUGUCUUAAACAUCCACUACCAGGGAGAGAAGGAGUUGCCUGAAUGGGUACGGAAACUGUUUCUGGGCUGUCUGGCUAGAUCUGUUCGUGUUAUAAUGGCAAAUAAGAAAAAGACUAGUGUUUCCAAGGAAACUGCUAAAUCUUGUGACGGAGAACACCAGGAGGUUGUCAGCGCCGACAACACUGGGAAUCACCAUGCAAUUAUCAAGAAUUAUUACCCAGAAAACUCUCUGGAAUACACAAAAUUCUUGACUUUAACUGAAGAGUGGAAAAUUGUAGCCGCUGUAAUGGAAAGAACAAUAUCGAUAUUGUUUGUACUUGUCCUCAUUACAGUGUCUCUAUAUGUUUUUGUCAGUCUUGCAUAUUAACUGGAGUCAUUUAGAACUCAGAUAAAGAUGUUUAUCCAAUUUGUACAGUACAACAAACGUUGAGAUUCUUCAUUUAGUCGUUCAUUUGCAUUGGUGUGAAGUUUCUUAAUGCUUGUCACGUGACUGGUAAACGGUAUAAUAAGCGUGUUUGACAAUAAAUACGAACUCUUUUCUUUUAAAGACCGUUUUCAGCUCAUUGUAAACGAUUUUCUCUAUUUUUGCCGGUUUUACACAUAUGCAUAGCAUUGACCAGACUAUGGGUUUCUUUAUUAUGUCAUUCAUCCUCGAAAAUGAUUUCUAAAAAUGAAUGAACAAACAGAUAAAUAAAUAAAUAAAUAAAAAUCGAA